CUCUCUCACACACACACACACACACACACACGUCUGGUCUCUGAGCGCUUCCUCUCUUCGCGGAUCUCUGACUGACGGAGAAACUUUCACUGGAGUGGAAACAUCGCAUAUGAAGAGGUUUAAAGUCAUUAAUGAUGGAGAUAAUUGCUAAUGAGCGACGCGUGAGCUGCUGGAUUAUUAAUGAACGCGCUGGAUUACGCGCGUCAGGACGCGUCACGAUCCAUCAACGCGUUCACCACUAGAACAGCUGGAGCUCAACGGGUCUGGUUACUCGUACUGUACCACACACGCUUGACCGCAGCAGCUGCAGUGUUACAGUCACAGCUCCAGCCUCCAGAGGUCAGCAGGUCGGGUCAAAGGUGCAGCGCUGCAGUCAGUCUUCAGUAUGAGAGCGGCUCUGAGCAUCAGUGUUGCUGUGGUUCUGUUGCCAAUCUUCAUAUGUCAUCAGACAACAAGGCAGAUCUGGUCUGAUCCACAGCAGACUGGUUCUGAAGGAGCGGCGUCGAGGUCGUGGAGCUCCUGGGGUUCGUGGGGCGAGUGUUCGCGCUCCUGCGGCAGAGGAGUUCAGGAACAGACCAGAGUCUGUCUGCCACACUAUCCAGCAGUCCGUGAUGCAUCAGCAGCACAGAACACGGCCUCAAACACGCCUAACCAGAGACGCCUGAGCCUCGGCAGAUAUGGAUGGAGGAGAGCGAACAGUAGCCGCAUCAGUCCAGGGGCGUACGGAUACGGCAGGAUGCCAUACGUAACACCUCUACAGAAAGAAUCCAGCAGAUCAUCCCACAAACAGAGACGAUCAGCAUCAAACUUCCCACACCAGAGUUACAGGACUCAUCAGAGAAGCCCGUCUCAAAACACCCGCUAUCACACAGCCGCCCACCCGCCCACUGCUGCCCAACACACCCGACCGCAGAUGAACACAGCGGCAGUGCAGAGCAGACCGUACAGCCCGCUACCAAACACCUCCUGCCCUGGAGCCCCGAACCGGCACAAGAUCUGCAACAGCAUGGUAACAUCUGCAGAGAAACACCUCAGAUUAUACCUAAAUAGGCAUUAUACAUCUGCUUAUAACAGUUAAUU